GUCACCGGCCCGGCGGAGGUACCGGCUGCGGGAUCUUGUAGAGCAGGAACCUCAGCCAUGGAGAACUCAGACAAUGCAGAGGAGGAGAAGCCUACAGUAAGCAAUGACAGCACAGAAAACGGGGCUGAAAUAUCAAUAGACGAUCAACAGAUGGACUUUACUACGGAGAUCAUGAGUGUGACUGAGAUGGAGCAGUCACCUGAUAGCUCCCCAGACCUGAAUGAAGAGAACACACAGGAGAGUGAGAUCCCCAACAUUGAAAGCUUGCAGACGUCGGAUAUCGAGGCUAGCUUCCCUCCAGACUUUGACAAGUUCUGGAAAGUGGUGGAGGACAAUCCCCAGGACUUCACAGGAUGGGUGUAUCUGCUGCAGUAUGUAGAACAGGAGAACCACCUGCCAGCUGCCAGGAAGGCCUUUGACAGGUUCUUCACCCAUUACCCAUACUGCUACGGCUACUGGAAGAAGUAUGCAGACCUUGAGAAGCGCCACGAGAACGUCAAGCAGUCUGAUGAGGUUUAUCGCAGAGGGCUGCAGGCCAUUCCUCUUAGUGUUGAUCUCUGGAUACAUUAUAUAAACUUCCUCAAGGAGACCUUGGACCCUUCUGAUCCUGAAACCAACAGUACCAUCCGAGGAGCCUACGAGCACGCAGUGCUGGCUGCGGGGACAGAUUUCCGUUCUGACCGGCUCUGGGAGAUGUACAUCAACUGGGAGAACGAGCAGGGCAACCUGAGGGAGGUGACCUCCAUCUAUGACCGCAUCCUUGGCAUCCCAACGCAGCUCUACAGCCAUCACUUCCAGAGGUUUAAGGAACACAUCCAGAACAACCUGCCUCGGGACUUCCUGACCACAGAGCAGUUUGUCCAGCUGCGCAGGGAGCUUGCCUCAGUCAAUGGCCACACUGGGGAGGAGGUGCAGCCAGGAGAUGACCUGCCCUCUGGGACUGAAGACAUCACUGACCCUGCCAAGCUGGUCACUGAGAUAGAGAACAUGAGGCACAGAAUCAUUGAGAUUCACCAGGAGAUGUUUAACCACAACGAACACGAAGUCAGUAAGAGGUGGACCUUUGAGGAAGCGAUCAAGAGGCCUUACUUUCAUGUCAAACCUCUGGAGAAAAUUCAGCUGAAAAACUGGAAAGAGUACUUAGAGUUUGAGAUAGAGAAUGGCACUCACGAGCGAGUCGUGGUCCUCUUUGAGAGAUGUGUUAUUUCAUGUGCCCUCUAUGAGGACUUCUGGAUUAAGUAUGCCAAAUACAUGGAGAAUCAUAGUAUUGAAGGAGUGAGGCAUGUCUACAGCAGGGCUUGCACAAUACACCUGCCUAAGAAACCCAUGGUUCACAUGCUGUGGGCAGCCUUUGAGGAGCAGCAGGGCAACAUCGAUGAAGCCAGGAGGAUCUUGAAGACCUUUGAGGAGUGUAUUCUAGGGUUAGCCAUGAUCCGCCUGCGGAGGGUCAGCUUGGAACGCAGGCACGGCAACAUGGAAGAAGCUGAGCACCUGCUGGAAGAGGCUAUGAGGAACUCCAAGUCCCUCACUGAGUCCUCCUUUUAUGCCAUCAAAUUAGCUCGGCACCUCUUCAAAGUACAGAAAAACCUUCCAAAGGCAAGAAAAGUGCUGUCAGAAGCCAUAGAAAUGGACAAAGAAAACACGAAGCUCUAUCUCAACUUACUGGAAAUGGAGUACAGUGGUGACCUCAAGCAAAAUGAGGAGAACAUCUUGAGCUGCUUUGAUAAAGCUGUCAAUGGGGAGCUCUCCAUUAAAAUGAGGAUUACGUUUUCACAGAGAAAAGUGGAAUUUCUGGAAGAUUUUGGUUCUGAUGUAAACAAGCUUCUGGACGCGUAUGAUGAACAUCAAGCACUUCUGAAGGAGCAGGACUCUUUGAAAAGGCGAGCAGAGAACGGGUCAGAGGAGCCAGAUGAGAAGAAAAUGCUGACAGAUGACCCAGCUCUGGCAUCAGCACAGAUGAUGGAUGGAGACAUACAAGUCAACCAGGCGGCCUACAACUACAAUGCCUGGUAUCAGUACAACUACCAGAAUGCGUGGAAUUACGGACAGUAUUACCACCCAACUUGAUCCCAGAAGCAGCUGGAGCUCACCGUGCUGCAGUUUCAACCAAGAUGAAAUAAAAAUAGUAAUUAAAAAAAUCUCUAUUUUUCUAAGUGGGGGCUGUGAAGAGACUGUUGUCAUAGCUGCUUUUUGGUCUUCUGCAUGUGAAAGGAGCUGAUGUUCACAGGGUAUGUGUGCAGUAACUGAUCAAUGGUAUCUGUCCAACUCUAGCUGACCAUCAACCCAUUGGUUUUGUUAAUUCCCUGCGUUAAUUGGAGAGACCUGAGGAGUUCAGUCCUGUCUUGAUUCCAUAGAUUGAGUUGGUGAAGCUGUAGGGCUUUGGUAUCUCCUUGAACUGCUGCACGACACAGGCAGGAUGGGACAGCAUCAUGACCUGUGCUACGGUGAGAUGUCCCGUGUGUCCCACUCCAACUCCCAACCUGUUUUUUGUCGUCACCAUGGAAUCUCCUCACCUUUGAAGGCAACCUCUGCCAGCUGCUUUCUCUUCUCCACGAGGAUCAGAGGAAGAGGCCGUGCAAAAAAUGAUGUUCUUUUAUAAAGCACAAAUGGUGUCUGGGGUGAGUUUUGUAUUUAGUUUCUCUUGUACACAGUGUGUGAGCAAACAUUUGUGUUGGGUUUUUUUCAUUUUGAUCAAAGUGAUCAUUCCCAUUUUUUGUAAUAAAA